CAGAUAGACGGCAGGCAAUAUGUAUAAUGCGGUAAUAGCGCAAAUAAUCUCUCCAGCUGCUCUCCCUCCAGUCUCCACCAAACCAACUCUCUAGCUUAGCCCCUUAAGAGAUGCCUCUCGAAAAAACUGGGAGUGUCGGGCGCCGAAUCAGUGACAAUUGUACACUUAUGACUUAAGGAGGGAGCGGUUUCUUGUGACACGGAGUGAUUCAGUCUAAAGUAACCGUCUUGUCAGGUGCAGGUAAACGAGUGGAAACGACUUCGAACACCCUCUGCGUCAGGCGCGGGCGCGGGCGCGACAGUCUGUGUGCACUCGCGUAUAGCUUUCGGAUAGAGUUUUUGAUGUGCCACUGAGGUGGUAAGAGAAGAUGUGAAUUCACCUGCUAGAGCACUGUGACCACGCCGCGGAGGACCAGGUAGGUCUUGAAGCCGCAGAGCGCCGAGAAGUUAUCGUCCGAAAUAUGAACGGGGAAUUUUGCACCGACAAAGACUGUUCUCGGAUUAGAAGCCGUUUUUAUCAUUUUGUCGGCACUGUGGAUUACCGAGCGUUUUGAUUAUGUGUGCGCCUCGCAUACCCACCCAAAGUGAGCGAAGACCUCCACAGGCUCCAUGCAAAACGAUGCAUGAUGUGCUGAUAUAGCUUCAACGAUGUGAAACGUUAUCACUGCACACAAUUACAUAUUUGUUUUGGGGUACACAUCUUACUCACCACAAAAGUGUGGAUAUUUUCGAAAUACUUACCUGCGGAAGUGGAGAGGAUUCGUUUUUAACAAACUCAACUACUGACAUCAAGGAGAGAAAGAAACGUGGAUUUUACAGUGAAAUUGCAGAACGGAGGUGCUUAUGAAAACCAACCGUAUCGUCAUUUAGCCAUUCUCUCCAAAUCUAUUUGAUGUCACAAGGGGCUGCUGCUGCUGCUGCUGCGUCGCCAUGACGACCGAGGACUGUCCCGUGCCACUGGGUGUGUCCCAGUCGGGGGCGGGGCUCUGCGAGGACUACGGCCCGACGCAGGCAGACGACAUCAUCGAGGAAGUGGGCCCGGCGGACGACGUGAGCAGCGACCUGAGCACCCUGGUGAUGCCCUUCCCGGAGCUGGCACCCGUCGUCUUCUUCUGCCUCAAGCAGACCACGUUCCCACGGAGCUGGUGCAUCCGCAUGGUGUCCAGCCCAUGGUUCGAGCGAAUCAGCAUCAUGGUGAUCCUGCUCAACUGCGUCACCCUCGGAAUGUACCAGCCCUGUGAGAACAUUGACUGCACCUCCGACCGAUGCCAGGUUCUACAGGCGUUUGAUGCCUUCAUCUACAUCUUCUUUGCACUUGAGAUGGUGGUGAAGAUGGUGGCUCUGGGGAUCUUUGGCCGUCGCUGCUACCUUGGCGAUACGUGGAAUCGACUGGACUUUUUCAUCGUUAUGGCAGGGAUGGUUGAAUACUCCCUGGAUCUCCAGAACAUUAAUUUCUCCGCCAUCAGAACAGUGCGAGUUCUAAGACCACUCAAAGCCAUCAACCGAGUUCCCAGCAUGCGUAUCCUGGUGAACCUGCUGCUGGACACUCUGCCCAUGCUGGGGAACGUGCUGCUGCUCUGCUUCUUCGUCUUCUUCAUCUUCGGCAUCAUCGGCGUGCAGCUCUGGGCCGGACUACUGCGCAACCGCUGCUACCCAGAAGAGAACUUCACCCUCAACUCAGGGAUCACCCUCCCGGCGCCGUACUACCAGCCUGAGGAGGACGACGAGCGCCCAUUCAUCUGCUCGCUGGCGCAGGACAACGGCAUCGUGUCGUGCCGGGACGUGCCAACGCGGCGUGAGGGCGGCCGCGAGUGCUGCCUGGACAAGGAGGACGUGCUGCACCGGCAGGCGCUGGGCCUGGGCCCCGAGCCGCUGGUCAACAGCAGCGUCGGCAUCAUGGGCCUGUGCGUCAACUGGAACCAGUACUACACGCGCUGCCACACGGGCUACAGCAACCCGCACAAGGGCGCCAUCAACUUCGACAACAUCGGCUAUGCCUGGAUCGUCAUCUUCCAGGUGAUCACACUGGAGGGCUGGGUGGAGAUAAUGUACUACGUCAUGGAUGCCCACUCCUUCUACAACUUCAUCUAUUUCAUCUUCCUUAUCAUUAUCGGCUCCUUCUUCAUGAUCAACCUGUGCCUGGUGGUCAUCGCCACGCAAUUCUCCGAGACCAAGCAGCGCGAGCACCAGCUGAUGCAGGAGCAGCGUGCCCAGUGCCUGUCGUCCAGCACGCUGGCCUCGCUGACCGAGCCGGGCGACUGCUAUGAGGAGCUCUUCCAGCUGGUGUGCCACAUGCUGCGCAAGGCCCGCCGGCGCUCUGCCGCCCUGUACUACACGCUCCGCGGCCGGCCACCUCCACCCGGCGGGGGGAGAGGAGGCAGGGCAGGCAGGGGUGGUGGUGGAGGGGGCAGUGCCAAUGGAGGGGAGAAGCACCACGGGCAUUCAGGCCAUGUGUCUCACUGUCUGCAUCAGAGCAAGCUGGAGCACAGCUCCCAGGCUCUGGACAACGCCAUCUCCCUCUCUGUCACCUCCAACCCCGAGGACUGCCCCCAGUGCUCCGCCGCACUGUCACUCAGGGAAGGGGAGGGAGCCAUGGGCGACUCGGCCAAUGGGGAGGACGAGGAGGGGGCACUGGAGGAGACGGACAGGGAGGAGAACCACUUAGACGAGAGGAAGGAGGACGACACAAGGCCCAAGCGGCGGGCCAAGAGGAGGUCCUGCCUGGGCUUCUGCAAGCACGUGUGGGACGAGAUGCGGGUCAGGCUGUGGAGUAUAGUGGAGAGCAAGUACUUCAACAGGGGGAUCAUGAUCGCCAUCCUCAUCAACACCAUCAGCAUGGGCAUCGAGCACCACAACCAGCCUGAUGAGCUGACCAAUGUCCUGGAGAUCUGCAACAUAGUCUUCACCAGCAUGUUUACCUUGGAGAUGAUUCUGAAGCUGACUGCUUUUGGGUUCUUUGAAUACCUGCGUAACCCGUACAACAUCUUUGAUGGCAUCAUUGUCAUAAUUAGUGUGUGUGAGAUCAUCGGUCAGGCGGACGGUGGUCUGUCUGUGCUGCGGACCUUCCGUCUGCUGCGUGUGAUCAAGUUGGUGCGCUUCAUGCCCGCCCUGCGCAGACAGUUGGUGGUGCUCAUGAAGACCAUGGACAACGUGGCCACCUUCUGCAUGCUGCUCAUGCUGUUCAUCUUCAUCUUCAGUAUCCUGGGUAUGCACAUCUUCGGCUGUAAGUUCAGUCUGAAGACGGAGGCCGGGGACACGGUCCCCGACAGGAAGAACUUCGACUCCCUGCUCUGGGCCAUAGUGACCGUGUUUCAGAUCCUGACCCAGGAGGACUGGAACAUGGUGCUGUACAACGGCAUGGCCUCCACAUCUCCGCUGGCCGCCCUCUACUUCGUGGCACUCAUGACCUUCGGCAACUACGUGCUCUUCAACCUGCUGGUGGCCAUCCUGGUGGAGGGCUUCCAGGCCGAGGGAGAUGCCAAUCGCUCCUACUCCGACGACGACCGAUCCUCCUGCAAUUUCGACGAGACUGACAAACAGAAGGAUCCCCUCCAGCUUUCAGAUCCAAAAAUCUGCACCCUCACUCCAAACGGGCAUCUGGACCUGGCGCCGUCCCCGGCCACUGUGGGGCUGUUCCCGGCCGAGCAGCUCACCUUUGCCCUGGGCCCCCGCAAGAGCAGCGUCAGCUCACUGGGUCGGACCGGCCUGGAACAAAGGCCGCUGUGUCCAGGACGCGGCUCUCUGUACCACACCUGGGGCCGGCCCCUGCCCCAGACGUUGUGGCACCGCCGCUCCAGCUGGAACAGCCUGGGCCGCCCCACCCGGGCGCUCGGGGUGGGUCUUGGCGGCGGUGGAGGUGGUGGUGGUGGGGGAGGGGGCAGCCUACGGCUUCGCGGCCCCCCUCAGUCCUACCUGGCCGAGCAGGAGUCCCUGCUGUCGCCUCCGCCCCUCCACCUGCCCCCGCACCUCCUCUCCCGGCACCUCUACCCACGCCGCGAGCGCCGCGCCUACUCCCUGGAGCUGCCCGAGCUGCUGCAGGUGCCCCCGGGGCUGACCGGAGGGCCGCUGCUGCCCCUGCCCCCGCUGCACGCUCGCGUGCCGCGCAAGAAGAGCUUCUCGGAGGGCGUGGCCAUCGAGCACCAGGACUGCAAUGGCAAGACGCCGCUGUCGGCCCAGCAAAGGCUUCUCACAGAAGUCUAUCCCCAGGUCAACACGCGCAAGGACAGGGAGGACCUCGAUGACGAGCUGGACUAUAGUUUGUGUUUCCGGAUCCAGAAGAUGAUCGAGGUGUACCGGCCCGAGUGGUGUGAGGCUCGGGAGGACUGGUCCAUCUACCUCUUCUCCCCCCGGAACAGGUUCAGGCAGAUGUGUCAGUCCAUCAUAGCGCACAAGCUGUUUGACUAUGUGGUUCUGGCCUUCAUCUUCUCAAACUGCAUCACGGUGGCCCUGGAGAGACCAAAGAUUCUCCAGGGCAGUCUGGAGCGGGUGUUCCUCACCAUAUCCAAUUACAUCUUCACCGCCAUCUUUGUAGGGGAGAUGACACUCAAGGUGGUGUCAAUGGGGCUGUAUCUGGGCGAGCAGGCCUACCUCCGUAGCAGCUGGAACGUUCUAGAUGGCUUCUUGGUCUUUGUAUCGCUCAUCGACAUUGUGGUUUCCAUGGCGGGCGGGGCCAAGAUUCUAGGUGUGCUGCGGGUACUCCGGCUCCUCCGGACACUGCGCCCCCUUAGGGUUAUCAGUCGAGCUCCGGGCCUGAAGCUGGUGGUCGAGACGCUGAUCACUUCUCUGAAGCCCAUUGGAAACAUUGUGCUGAUCUGCUGCGCUUUUUUCAUCAUCUUCGGCAUCCUCGGAGUCCAGCUUUUCAAAGGGAAGUUUUUUCACUGCCUGGGUCCAGAUGUCAAAAACAUCACCAACAAGUCCGACUGUCUCCUGGCCAAUUACAAAUGGGUCCAUCACAAGUACAACUUUGACAACCUUGGGCAGGCUCUGAUGUCCCUGUUCGUCCUGGCCUCUAAAGAUGGCUGGGUCAACAUCAUGUACCAUGGCCUGGACGCUGUGGGUGUGGACCAGCAGCCUGUGACCAACAACAACCCGUGGAUGCUGCUCUACUUCAUCUCGUUCCUGCUCAUCGUCAGCUUCUUCGUGCUCAACAUGUUCGUGGGCGUGGUGGUGGAGAACUUCCACAAGUGCCGCCAGCACCAGGAGGUGGAGGAGGCCAAGAGGAGGGAGGAGAAGAGGCUCCGCCGCAUGGAGAAGAAGAGACGGAAGGCUCAGAAGUUGCCCUAUUACUCCAGCUACAGCCCUGUGCGUCUGAUGAUCCACAACCUGUGCACCAGCCACUACCUGGACCUCUUCAUCACCUUCAUCAUCUGCGUGAACGUGGUCACCAUGUCCCUGGAGCACUACAGCCAGCCUCACUCCCUGGAGAUAACACUGAAGUACUGCAAUUAUUUUUUCACCACAACCUUUGUGCUGGAGGCUGUUCUGAAGCUCAUCGCCUUCGGAGUCCACCGCUUCUUCAAAGACAGGUGGAACCAGUUGGACCUGGCCAUCGUGCUGCUGUCGGUGAUGGGCAUCAUACUGGAGGAGAUCGAGAUCAGCGCCGCGCUGCCCAUCAACCCCACCAUCAUCCGCAUCAUGAGGGUGCUACGCAUAGCACGCGUGCUAAAGCUGUUGAAGAUGGCUACUGGGAUGAGAGCUCUUUUGGACACCGUGGUGCAAGCACUACCACAGGUGGGGAACCUGGGCCUCCUCUUCAUGCUCCUCUUCUUCAUCUAUGCCGCUCUGGGAGUGGAGCUCUUUGGAGAACUGGUCUGUAAUGAGGAGUAUCGCUGUGAGGGGAUGAGCCGACACGCCACCUUUGAGAACUUUGGAAUGGCUUUCCUCACCCUCUUCCAGGUUUCCACUGGGGACAACUGGAACGGCAUCAUGAAGGACACUCUGCGCGAGUGCCCGCCAGGCACGGAGUACACGUGCAACCCCAGCCUGCAGUUCAUCUCGCCCAUGUACUUUGUGAGCUUCGUGCUGACGGCGCAGUUCGUGCUCAUCAACGUGGUGGUGGCCGUGCUCAUGAAGCACCUGGACGACUCCAACAAGGAGGCGGCUGAGGAAGCCGAGAUGGACGCCGAGAUCGAGCUGGAGAUGGCACAGGCCACCCUCUGCUGCAUGGGUGGCGCACCCGGAGUGGCCGGGGGCAACAAGGGCCGGACUGACCAGUGCGGACUACCGGGGCCCAGCACCGGUCCCCACACCCAUUCAGCCACCCCACACGCCAGCCCCCGCGAGCCCCGCGGUGACCCGCACCGGAUCUACUCACCUGCCCAGGAGAACCUGUGGUUGGACAGUGUGUCUCUGCUGAUCAAAGACUCCUUCGAGGGUGAGAUGCUGAUGAUUGACAACCUCUCGGGGUCCGUCUUCCACCACUACUCCUCCCCUCCCGUCUGCAAAGACUGCAAGACUCACCCACAAGAGGAGAUCCGAAUGGCCGAGUUGGAGCAGGCUUCCUUGAGGUCCGAGCAGCUCUCGGACAAGUCCUCAUCGCCGGCGCUGCCCGACAACCUCAGCCUGGACGAGCAGAGCGUCUUUCAGCUGCUGGUCCAGGACAGCAAGGAUGAGGAGGACAUCCACAGCUCCGAGGAGACAGAGGCCCAUCAGGAGGGUUGGGACACGGCCUCAGACCCACGACACUCCCACGGCCACUGCUCUCUGAUGGAGGUGGGGGAGGCGCGGCCGGAGGACAAGGCCCAGAAUCAGCUGCAGCAGUCCAGCCUCUCCCUGCCGGAGCACAGCCCUGGUGGGGCCAAGAGCAGCAGUAGCAGCACCAGAGAGGGCGGGCGUGUCUGUGAGGGGAGAGGUGCUGGGUGCGGAGGCUCAUCGCCCAGUCCCUUCCAGCUCCCAGCCGAGUUCUUCCACCCGGCUUCGGCAGCCAUCCCAGCACCGCCCAGGGCCCGGUAUGGACACCGGUCCAAGCGGCUGAGGAUGACCUCUCCCGCGUCCUGGGCCUCGCUGCGAUCUCCAGGAGCCAACAGCAGGAUGCUCUGCACCCAGUACCCCUCUCACAGUGACUCUUCUCUGGCCACGGGGAGCUCCGAGGGCAGUCUCCAGACCACCAUGGAGGAAGGCCUGAGCUUCAGCGUGUCGCCGCCUCAGGAUCUAGAUCUUCCCCUGCCCUCACACUCCCCCUCCUCGCGCGACUGCGGAGACGCCGGCAGCCCGCACCGCAGAGACACCCUGACGCCCCACACCACCGCCACCUCCGUCACGUUCAGCCUCCAGGCCACCAGGGGUCAUCAGAGGAGCCAGAGCAGCUGCGGGGGCAGCACCAGCCCCGGUUGCCACCGGGAGGAUUCAAUGGACCCCUCCGACGAGGACCUGGGCAUCGUGAUUGGCGGUUGCAGCAACAGCGAACAGUUGUCUGAGACACUGAGCAGCCUCUCGCUCACUUCCCUUCUCUGCUCCAGCUCACUGCUGCCCCCAGUGGUGAAGAAGAGCAACAGCACGGGGAGCCUGGACCAGGGCAAUCUCUCCGGCAGGGGGAAGGACGCUCGGCCCCAGGUUUACACAAGCAACCCCUGGUCAGACCAGAGGAUAGGCAGGGUGGAGGUGGAGGGCGAACAGUCAGACAUGACAGAACUGGAGGGGAAGAGUACAAGCCAAAUAACAGUAGUGGCCUCCAACAAAAACAGAUGAAACCUCCCAUUUUGGCUCCUUCUCAAGGUCCGCCACUAGCCCUGUUUGUCUGUUUGGCAGGGUGUGGUAUGACACAGGAUGUUCCAUAUUAAAAAAACAACAACAACAACAAAAUUUCUCUUGCUCUCCCUCUCUCUCUAUCUCUCUGUCUUCUCAUUUGUUAACCCAUACCUCUUUUGUACUUUCCUGGAUAGCAGCUCCAGCUCAGUCAAGGGGGUUACAGGUGAUGCUGUGUAGCAGUUGAGACCGGAGAGGCUCUGGGCCUGCCCUGAUCAGGGGACUGGAGGGGAAAAGGGUCCCGCUUGAGUACCCAGAGAAUGGAGGACAAAAGACCAGCCUUUCUCAAAGCAGAGAGAGAGAACGCCUGGAGCCACAACUUUGCAAAGGGUGGAUGCCAGAGAGAUCACUGCGAUCACGGUUUCAAUCUCUUACAUAGACUGCACGUGGCAAGCGUGAAAUCAUUGGAGGAGAUUUGAUAUGUAUGCAAAGGGGGCUACUCUUUAUGAACAGACAGGCUUUUGGUGAAGGACUGGAGUGUUUUGUUUUGUCAGAGGGAUGCUUCUGUUUUCACAUUCAGAAGUGAGGGCCGUUGUUUGGAUUGUGAUCGCAUUUUGGGAUGUGCAGUAAUGAUGAAUGUGAGCAGACAGUUAAGGUAGCAAUUAUGCCACACUAUAGGUGGUUUUCGAUUUAGAUUUAAAUGUCCAAAUAGCUUAAAUUGUCUUUAUUCUAGAAGCAAGAGGAUGUUGUCCGGCUUGGGCUUUCUCAUCAGCAGGACCCUGACAGGAAGUGGUUGACUCCCAGGGAAGAAUUGCAAAGAAUCACCACCAAGGAAGAACUGCUUUGGAAGUAAAAGAGGGGCAGUGUGUCUGAGAGGCAUCGAGCAUGCUCAUCUCCCAGGAGGAUUAGGAGACAACUCUAGCGAUGCAUCCAUUGGAAAAUGACUUGACGGCAUGAUGGUAGCUCUCUUUUCAAAAGAGCAAGUUGCGUUUUUUGUCUCCCUGUUUUCAAACAGAAAAUCAACAUGAACGAAAUGUUAAGAAGCCAGUAAGAUGACAGAGUGAUUUUUAUUUGGAUAUUUUUUAUAGAGAUCUAAAGGCAAAGGAAAGAAAGGUCUAGUGUUGUCGUCACCACAUUCUUACCCCUUUCCCUGUUUGGUUCCUCCAUUUGACUUGAACUUAUUUUCUGCAAGUGGCUUCCAGUUUUAUAAAUUUUGGGGGGAUUUUGGGAACUUUUUAUACAGUGGGGGGAGACGAACAACCAAGCAAAAAAAAAAAAUGAAGAAAGUAAAAUGCGCUGAAGAUAAUUGUCCCUUCGCACAUGUUGGACUGCCGUUUCUCCCAGCAUUUAUAGUCAAUGCAGAAGAGAAUUCCUGGAGGAUAGUUUUUUCAGCACAAGUGGGCAUUUGUAUUCCAUUGACACCAUUCAAAGAGCUUGAAACCUUUCUUGCUGUUAUAUGCUGAAACUAAGAUUUAGAAAAUGCUGGUGAUUUUGAAAGCUUUAAUUUGAGUGUCAUAUGCCAUAGCAAGGUUUAUUAGAUUUGCAACAAAACAAAUUAUCACUACUUCAUUGUUUUAGCAUGAUUAUUGGAUUGCAAAAGAUGUGUCUUUUACUUGUCCUCCUACAUUAUGCACUCAUUCCUCUUUGAAAAAGAUCAGUAUCUAUCUUAGAUUGAUCUCAGUCACAGUAUUCAUGUACAAACUGAGCAUCUUUUAAACCUAUAGGUAUGACACUCAAAACACUCAAGUUGACUUUUUUUUUUAUCUUAGACUAGUGUAGCAUUAUAGUAUACCUGGUGUGCUCCUUUAUAAGAUUCAGGUGAUCAAAAGACUUAGGGUUGACCUAUUGAUGAACUUUGUCGUCAGUCAGUAGUGAUCGUCUUUAUAAUGUGGGGAUAACAUUGAGUGGUUAAUGUGUAUCAACCGUCUUGUGUUAUAGAUCCAAGAAAUAUUUCAAAAGGUUAAUCCUAUAAGCACCAUUAUCAAGGGUAUUGCUUGUCAUGGUAUCAGUGGCGUGAUGGAUUGCAUAGGGUUUUGGCAGAUCAAAAAGUUCAAAAAGACACAACAAUGAAGGGCUUUAUCACAUUCCAAGAUUCUUGGAGUUCAAAAGACAAACUCUAUUGUCAGUAUAAAAGACGUUAUCAGUAAGUCUGAUUUCAAAGCAAUAAAGGAUACGAUUUGAGUGUGCCCUGGAUGACAAGUAUGAUGUCACAGUUCACUUGAUAUAAAUAGACUAGCAUUGGUAAGAGAAUAUCCGAUUUCUACAAGAGUAAAAACUUGUGGUGUAGGUCUCCUAUCUUUGUCCAAUAAGGGACAGCUUAGCUCUAGCUUCUAUCUUUCUCCAAAUGAUGGACCAACCCAAACCUCUCUUAAAAACAAACCUUUCUAAAUGCCAACCAUUUUAAGGCUGAGCUACCUUUUUCCUUCAUAGAUGAACUAUUGAGGUCACUUAGAACUCAGGGCCAUGGUAAAAACCACUAACAAGCCCCGCGACUGGUGGCAGUACGCUACACUGGUUGUAACUCGGUCUUCAGGGCUCAGAUGGAUCAAUCCCAUUCAGUAGAUAUUAGCUUAUGAGUGGAAACAUAUUACCCCCCAAACCCCAUUGCAUUUGACAGUUAUGAAGCCCCUAAGGCAGAAAUUCACGGACCAUUAUCUUAAUUUGCAAGCGCCUGAACGUUUUAGAGCUGCAUGUGUCCUAGAGUAUGACAAUGUCUGAUAUAAGCAAUCAUAGAGUGACUAAUAUCACGACUGAUACACUAUCACCUUUAUGAUGUCUUUAUGUCGGCUUGAUGACACUGGACUUAGGGGCAAAGUGCUUAAUGAACUUGUGCUCUAAUUGUGCUGGAUAUGUGUACAUAACUUUGUAUAUUGAACUGCAUGUGUGCUAUGCUACCAAUGACAAUGAUACCUACAUGCAUUUUAGAGCGUAUGAAGGGUAGAUAGAAAUUUCUAGCAGUUUUUCUUUUUCUUUUUUUUUAAAUAGCAACAACAAAAAAAUCUCAAUGUGAGACUGAAAGUCAAGGUUGAUUGUUUUUCCCUGUUCCUGAUUAAUCUACAUUUCACAUAUGAUGAGGAAGACUUCCCUCCCCAAAUCUUUGUCUCAGCUUAGAGGGAGCCAUAGUCAGCCAAGCAGCUGUGGUGAGUCAUCAGCAAGUUCAGCAUCUCAAGCAAGGGUCAGACAGGUUAGCCUAACUGCAUCCAAUUAGAGGAGGCUCUGAAAGGCUUCCUGGAAAGAGACACAUGAUGAUAAUGACCCAAUAAUCUGGCUUCAGAAAAGAAAAAGGAGACAUAUGAAGAAGACACAGAAGCACAGAGGAGGGGAGAGAUGUUGAAAGUCAUCUGUCAGGUCAGUGUAGCUCAGGCUUAACAUGGAGGCAGGAGUGUCUGGCUGGAAUCUGGUUGUUUGUUUGUCCUUCUCCCACAAAGCCACUUCUUCCCUCUGGGUGUCCAUCCCAAAGAUGAACUCACUUGAUGAACAGGGUGUCCUAACAAUGUCUUGGGUGAAUACAAACCUGUAUGAGUGGGUGUGGGGAGACAAGGGGCUCUAUUUUGAUGAUCAGAAAUGCGGCGCAAAGCCCAACGCAAAGCUUAUUCUUACCUUACUGUACACCCAGUCAAUGGAGGAUUGUGCGCCAUGCGCUUCACUUUUAUUAAGCCUUGGGGUGUGGCAGAAGGUCUGGUCUGGCACAUGAUUCAGUCAUUCGAACAUUAAAAAUUGAAAACGUAGCCUGAAAAAAGCAAAGUUGCUUUUUUCAGGCUACGCUUUCAAUUUUGAACCCCUUGUCAAUCAAUAGUGAAAGUAAAUAACGGUGAAAAACCGGUUUGCCUCUGAGACCACGGUGAUGACAGUUUCACUUUGCCUUUGAGUUCAAAUAAUAGGCAAGUGCAGAAUGCAUGUAGUCACAAACAGGUUUCAGUAAAGCAAGGUUUAGUGGAAUCUCUGUGUUCUAUACCCACUGGCCACUGACUGGCAAAAUACAGAUGCGCUGUUUGAAGUUGCGCUGCUUGUUGUUAAAGGGAAUGACAGAUUUCACUCUCAUUGGUUGAAAGGAUGUUAUGGCCAAAACACCCAUGACUGAUUAAGAAACAGAAGAACAACUUUUUUUAACAAUGCGCCUGACGUUUGAUAACGCCACUGAGCAUGCGUUUUAGAUCGUCAAAAUAGGGCCCAAGGAGUCUUUACUGUAGCACACCAAGAUCACAAGCAGCAGAAUAAUUGUUACAGACCUUUUCUGGUCAGUGUAGAAUGCACUUGGAGGGGUGUGUGGCACAGCAUAAACUCACCGUCGGAAGCCAAUAUUCACUCAAAUUUGACGAUCCACAUGCCGAUUUUCAGGUGUAUUGGCCUUUUCCCCCUCCCCUGUAACGACUUGUCAAGAUAACACUCCAAUUAAAUGUUAUGAACAAUUGUUAUUCAGCGUGUCAGCGGGACUUGCGUCAUCCCAUCAUUUCCUGACUACUGGCUCUCCAAUUCUUCCUCCGCCCACUCGUGCGAUGCGAGGAAAAGUCUUCACCGAGGUGAGGGCGCCUUUAUCUUCACCUCUUCCUUAGGAGCCUGCACCUGGACUGGUGAUUGCUGUCUAAUGGGGUUCACCACAGAGGUCAUCACCGAUAUGAGCUUCAACCCCGUUUGAUUUCCCAGGAGAGAGCUUUGACAUCCAGGCAGACUAGCAGACAGUUAAUUACCUGUGUUCGGGCCACAACAUUGUAGUUCACCGGUAUUCCGAGCAUUCAAAUAAAACAGAUUGGUUUGGAACAUUUGUUUGAUGAUUAGACACAUUGUCGGGCAGAUGGAACGAUGACCCUGGAUAGCUGGGGAGGUCAAUUCAUUUAUUGUCACGUUUCAUCUGUGGGUCUGAGAGUUCAGCACAAAGCCUAAUUUUUAAUUAUGUGAGCGAGAGCGACACAUAUUUUCAUUAUUAUUGGGGUAUAAAAACGACGCAGUCUUUUACCUCCAACGUUUACAAUCCUAACCUGUCCUGUCUGCUUCACCCAACUCCACUCCCCCCUACUGCUCACCCUUUCACUUCCUUUUGGCAGUCGCUAAAUCAAACCUGUGGGCCAAGGCCACACCAUUCACAUAAAAGUAGUUGCUGCAUAGACAGUGACUGUGCACCACCUUGCAAGCACACAUAGACACACACAGGAAAGCAUCCCAUCCCAGCAUGGAGGUAAAAAACACCUCUGUCAUCCAGCAAAGGCUGGGCGAUUUCAUCUCCUGUCAUACAUAUAAAAAGAGAGGAGGGGGAUACGUGGAAAAGUACAAAAAGCUCCUCAAGCAACGGGUAAUAAAUAAAAAAGGGGAGUAUAAUCAGACCACGGCUGUCAGGUUGAGGCAGUGGAAAGAGCAGAGGUAUCAGGGCUGUGUGCCACUGGCCACCUGCACCUUUGAACAUUGAUGAAUGUGUGUGUGUGUGUGUGAGAGAGAGAGAGAUAAAGAUGUGGAUGGACUGGAUAUUUCACAGUCCUCUGCAUUAGUGCAGUUCAGAGCUCUUUGAUGUCCACACUUCCGGCACCUGUUUUUGAAUAGACUAAUUGGACAGAGGUGUCCCUUUCUGAAGCUCUGCAGAUUGUGUGUGUAUGUAUGUGUGUGUGGUGUAGUGUACAGAUGUGCAUGUAUGUAUAUGUUGUGUGUGCAAUGAAUAUAUCGUCCAAGUAGAUUUUUGAAGAAUCAGUAAUACAGAAUAGAGAGCAGUUAUUUAAUCUCAUGAUGGACCAGUUCUGCCAUAGCUCAUAGGGACUUCUCAAUUUCUGUACCCUUCAACCACAACAACAGUCUGUGAUAAAAACAGGGACCAUUGGCCACAGAAGACAAUACUCUAGACAAAGGAAAAUAUUCUGUGUUGUUGUCAGUGCAUGGAGAUAACUUUUUGAGAGCGGCAUAGAAACUGUUUCUGUGAAAAUCUGGAUUCCAUUCUACAGACAAAGCGAGUCAUAACAGAUUAAUCUAGCAUGUUGAGAAAGCUGAAAGCUCUCGCAUUGUGCCAGACAGACUGGAAUGAAAAGACUAAACCAAACCUAAUGACAUUUCAAAGAUUCACCGCAUACUGUAUUAUGCCACAACAUCCAAACAGCAACUGUAGCCUUGCUUUGUUGACAGUGCACACCACCAGACACCAGCCUGUGCGUUCUGAUGGCUGAGUUUUACGAUAUUGUUGCCAAGGCCUUGGUUUCCUCUGCAGGCAUUGUCGUCACGGCUCAUCUGCCUUAACUCCGACCCCGCAGUUGGCACACAUCCGGCCUUAGCAGCUGCACCUUUGAUAUUAAGGGUGCAGCCCCGUGUGCUACAGAAUUACUGCAGAGAGGCCUGCAAAGUCACAACAGGGCAAUUUAAACGGCUGCUAAAUUAGAGCGUUCACAUGUGAUCAGGAUGAACUGAGCAUUGGGUGGGGGAGAGGGUUCGGCGGUGUUUUAAGUGAUUAUAAGUGUGAGAGAGCAAGAAAGAGGCCUGCUAAAACCUGCUAAGUUCUUUCAAGGACACAAGCAUAUAUUUGUAAUUAGAAACAAUCCGCAAGGCAGUGCAAUUUGGAGGUAGGUUAUAGUAUAGCCUACGCAGCCACCUUGAUGAGUGGGGCAUUACGCAUCAUCCCUGUCUGCAUUAGUGAUGUCUGAUCUGGACCCCGAAGUGUCAUUCUGUCACGUUCUGUUUGGAGACCAUAAUGGGUGUUUAUUGGAAUCCUUAUCUUCCGGAAUGCAGCUGCCAUCUCUUGUUUAUGUGCGUUCUUUUGAAUGUCAGCCUUAGCGACUCCAGAGCCCUGUUGUUGAAGUAUUAAAGCACUGAAACCGAUCAUAAAGCAUUUUGUUUCAGCACUGCCGAGAGAGUAUUCUGUGUUUAUCAAAAGCGCUGGCCUAUUUUUUUUUUUUUUUUUAUAAAUAAAAAAAUAGAGGAAAAACACUGGCACUAGCCUGAACCUUGAGGGAUUGAGACGAAGUGCGGUACUUCAAAGCCAUUCAUUUUUAACACACUCGCAAUCGUUGGAAUAUAUUUUAGUUCAAAACGGGGCUACCAAAAUAUGCAUGAGGUCUUUUUUUCAUAUGUUAGCCUCUAAUCUUGAUGUUCAUCAGCAGGGCCAUAUCUACUGUCUGAUAUCUGUCAGCAGACUAGUUAUCCUAUAAAAGAGGUUUCAGAAACCCAAGGCACACUUCUUUUACGUCAUCUACAUGGACCCAACCAGUGGCAGUUGCCCCAUCCUAUAAAACCUCUAGGCCCUCAUGUUCCCAUGAAUGGUAUGGCUCCUACAGAUCUUACUCUUGGACAGUGCUUUUGCAUGUUGUUGUUGUUUUUGUGUACAAGUUUUUUUAUAUAUGUAUCUUAAGUGCCAUGCCAACAUCAUUUUCCAUUUUCUUAGCAACUGCAUGAGAGGUCCCUCAGAACACCAUUAUGCACAAGUGCAUGCUGACUGUUGCAUUAUAUAUACCACACAUUAUAUUUACAGCACAUGGCAGGCACAGCCACAUCAGUGUGUUUCUUUUGUUCUCGACAUGAGAGAGAAAAAACAAUCAGCUUCAGCAGUAAUUUGCCAUGAAAUGAAGAGCAGUUUAUUGUUCUCCAGACUGUCAAAGCAGGGCUGGAAAAAAGAGCAGCAAAUUGGCUAGUUAUUCUAGAGAGAAAUGAUCUUCAGAAGAAAUUAACUGUGUGUGCAUCGGCUUAUUGGUGAUAAAUAAUGCACAAGGAACACUGAUGGAAGCUUGUGGUGGCUGGGCAAGGGCGGUCCGUGUGUUGAUUCUUUAAUCUUGGUGAUCCUCGAGGGUGAUGGAGGGACACAGAAUCAAGAGAAUGGAUGAAGAGUCACUGAGGACAUAUUAAAGUCCCUCUUUUCCUCCUCUCCCCAUGUUUCUUACCCUCUCUCUUUCUCUGUCUCUCUCUCGUUCAGCCGCUGUCCGAUUGUCAACGGUCACUGAUUAUAUUAACUCGGCGAGCAUCCCAUCUGUAUUUCAAUUCUAAUGUGAAGUGCUAAUAUUGAAAAGGGAUUACUCAGAGCCCAGCACCAGUGCUGCUUUGUUACCCUUGACAGGGGGUCAUGGGAGAGGUGGGGGGAAAAUAAAGCAUUACCGCCCCUGUGUAUGACAUUCAACGACACAAUUUGCACAGACGUUUACAAGAUAAAAAUCUGGCCGUGGUCGCAAAGCACGUUUUCUCGACUUCAACACAAGGAUGAGGAUAACCAUCAUGCGUUCUCCUGCCUCUUCUCCAGAAUUACCACCCUCCACACCCCCAAGCGUUCUCCAUUUACUUUCAUGUGUUGUUGAUGCCAGCAGACUAUGUUUCUAGAACAUUUUGUCCCAGUGUCAUUUCACUACAUGCAGAGGACAGAUUGCAGGUUGACAUCAGGCGAAAGGCUCCCAGUCCCAAAUCAUGGCUUUGGCAUGGCGAUGAACGGAUGUAAGGAGCCCUGGCUGUGUAGUUUUUACUGUGCUCUCCCUGGGGCGGCCUGUCCAUGCAAGCUUUGUGAUGUUUUCUGCGGCUGACACCGAGGGCUUCUCAAAACCUGGGAUCGAUUAUCACACAGCCUGAUUGUGACUGUGGAUUGUGUGACUGCUUGUCUUCAGCAAAUCCUAGCCAGUUUUGCAAGCCUACCAUUACUGGUGAUUGCCAUCUGUGUUGCUGCUCUCACUUGGAUUAUCCUGUCUUUGUUCCUGUGUUGAGGAAGUGAUUGGCGAUUUGGGGGAAGGGCAACAAUAAAUAUGCACACAUGGUAAAACACAUACAUACACACACACACACACACAUACAUACCAAGAUACCAGGAUUCACACAUAAAAGCACAUACGGGGUUUGGAAAAAAGUGCUUUGGUCAGUACAACAUAUGCUGUGGAGCCCCAGGUUACAGGAAGCCUUCUCGGAGCCAAUACCUUUAGCACAGGAUGUCUCUGAUAGGGCUGAGUUUACUCUCCCGCCUGCCUGCUCUCUCUCACACGUGCCUGCAGGGGCAACAAGGCAAGGCAAGGAGAGAGCAGGCACAGACUCAUGCAUGCCUUCCUCAUAAAUAUGAAAAUGCCUCUCGCAGGUCAGGGAGAGGAUGGAGCUCUGCGCUGCCGAGGCUCGUCCCAGUGUUGUGACAGACACGCUCUCUCGCUUGACGUGCCAAAACACACACACGCGCACGUGCGCGCGCACAUAUGCAUACACAUAAAUGAAUACACAGCCACAAGUAGAAUGCACACACAUUUAAUAUACAACCACAAGUGCAUGUCCACACAAUUCCACUAGCCCUUCACACUGUUACACACGCACACAAAUAUAGGCCCCCACACUCAUACUGAAGUGGUUGUGCAUUUGUCUCACCUCAGGAAGCCUUUGAGCUGCGUUCCCCUGCCCUAAGAGCAAUCCCAUCAACUGCCCUCAUGAAAUCGAGCAUCUUAGCCAGCAGGCAUUUUCUUUGGAAACCUGACUAACUCAGGCUGUUAAGCACAUCGGCAGCCCCUCUGUCUGGAGUAGACCCCGCAUGAACCUCAGACACGCUGCUUUGGUCAUUCUACACUUGUGCACUUGUGCUAACCUUUCCUUUACUAUUAGCCAGGAAACACCAUGGUAGAAUGCUAAUAAGUAAAUGGGCCCUAUUUUAUUUGAUAUUUGGAAUAUGGUUGUGUGUCGGGGGGGUAUACAAACCAUCUAUAGCAAAGUACUGGAUGGCUGUGAGCAUCUUUUCUGAAAGCUACACCCCACAAGCCCCCACUGUGCAUGAAUGAAAGGAUAACUGAAUUAGCAUUAGCAGGCUAAAUCCCUCUGAUGUUUGCCUGCUUUGAUGUUUGUAAGGAUGGGCAGGAGGGACGGAAUGGGUGUGGAAGAAGGACAUACUGGUGAUGGGGAGAAGAAAAGAGGAAGAAAGGGUGUGAUAUGAAAAAGACAAAGUAUUUUCAGAUAAAGGAGACUGUAUGACAGCUGAGGGGCAUUUUGAAGCGUAUUAGGCGAUUGACUAAAUGGAUGAUGUGAAUAUUGAUUUAGUGUCAGUUUCAAUUUACCUACCUGAGGUUUAUAUGCAUCUGACCAAUUAAAAAGAAAAAAAAACGUAGACUAUCAUUUUGAAACAAAAAAAGCUAAAUCUAGUAAGAACAAUAAAACUUAAACAAAGAAUGUUGACUAAAGGACACAUUAGGUUGUGGGCUAUGACAUGAAAAUGGGGGCUGUAUAGUUCUGUCAAUCAUCUCCUCUGUUUAAAUGCUAGUAGUGUAAUGUAGAAUCAGGGGUUAAAUUAUAAGAGCAUACCCUUUUAUGGUGAUUAAGUGAUUCCAUAACAUAUGUAGGCCUACACAAAAAGCUCAAGGAUACAGUGAAGGAGAAAUUAAUGCUAUUGCCUCUUCAUUCCAAGCUCUUUGACCAUACAACACCUUUAAAUACACCUGCCUCUGUGUAUAGAUGAGUCAAUAAAAUUGUUAGGAGAUAUUUUUGGUGUAGGCUAACCGAGAUAUAAAUGAAUGUCCAAAACUAAGACAAGAAAAGAAGCAAACAAAAAAGAACAAAUGUCUCUGCUGUUGAACUCUUUUGAUCUCGUAAUGAUGUUCAUGACCAGACUUUUUUAAAACUACCAUUACUUAUACUGAUCCAACAUUUGCAAUCUACUUUAUGGAGAGAGCACACUUAUGCUGUGAUAUGUCUUGAUCUCACAUUGUCUAGUGUCCUUAAUAGUGCUAUUAAGGAAAACUGUCAUAUCCCACUUCUCUGAGGGUGGAAUCUUAAGAAAAG